GGCCCAUGGCGCUUGGGGUCUGUCGGAGGAUCCGGUUUUGAAGGCCUUACACAACCUUUUCUGUACAAAAUCAGGAAUUGCAAUUGAAUCGAUUCUCUUCCCCCUUGGGUCUGCGCUUUGCGACAAUUGACUUCCGUGAACCUGGCUGGCGUGAUCCGGAACCUCGAGCGCAUCACAGAAUAACACAUCGCAGCCCCAGGCCGCGGCCAGUCUAGGGAAGCGCACGAACCUCGAAUCAUAUCGCGCGACCACUUAACAAUCAAGACGAUGUCGAGCCAGCCGCUGCUUCAAACUGCACCGGGCAAGCGGAUCGCGCUCCCGACGCGGGUCGAGCCCAAGGUGUUUUUCGCAAACGAGCGAACCUUCCUCUCAUGGCUCAACUUCACAGUCGUUCUAGGCGCCCUCGCCGUCGGCAUGCUCAACUUUGGUGACCGUCCGGCCUUCAUCUCCUCCAUCAUGUUCACGUUGGUUGCCAUGUUCACCAUGGGUUAUGCCUUGUGGCAAUACCACUGGCGUGCGGCCACUAUCAGAAAGCGGGGGCAGGCAGGAUUCGACGACAGGUUCGGCCCGACUAUGCUGGCCAUCAUCCUUUUCUUGGCAGUCGUUGUCAACUUUGUGUUGAGGGUCACCUAUGACAAGAACAAGAAGGUGUAAAGGGGUUGCUACACAUGCUGGGGAUGGAGUUGGGCGACAUUGGCUUGGCUUUAUAGCUCAGGUUAUCAUUUAUACCUGCACACAGCUACGAACUUGUACAAUACUAGCGACGGGACGGUGGAUUGGUCGGGGAAAAAAAGCAUGAUAUGUUAUACUUGGAUAUACUAAAUGCUAGGGUGUGGCAGAAAAGGCAAGUCUGCCGUGUUAAUUAGGUACAGAGGGAUCAUUGUGUUUAUCUGGAACCAGAAAGCCUGAGGCCAGUAGUAGCGUGUGAGAAAGCCUUGAUUGCCUCAUAUCUCAUUCCGGAUUCCGGGUAUCAUGUCUACGUUCAUUCCUUGAACACCAAAUGCAAUGCAAAUACCAAUAAGUUUUCAUCAAAACUCUCCCACCAGGUAACGGCGUGAGGGCCGUCUGUCUCAUAUGCACAGCCAUAGGCGUGCGGCUCUGCCAACAGCAUGUUUUCACCAGUAAGCAAGGCGGGUUGCUCUCUGUAUGGUGGUGGCAACCUCGGGAGGAAAAAAGUCUUCGUGUGCUCGUUGUGGGUCGAUGGGCCAGAGGUAGCUAGCCAAAAUUUCGCUUUUGUUGCUGAUUAAUUAUGGCGGAGUUUGUCUGCUCUGUGAUGAACGAUUUUGCCCUCAGUUCCGGGAUUGGUACUCUUGACAAGAAAACACUCAUAUAGAGUGCAUGCUCCGUCUUUGGCCGACCCAUGACUGCCCUCUCAAAGACAUUUGGAGCAACCGCCGCCCGCUCCGUAGCUGCGACCUCGAACCCAUCCUCGUCAAGGUCAUCCGAAACUCCAUGGAGCACCGUCUCUUCAAUGACGGUGGUUUCUUCGGAAGCUUCAACGUCGACCUCGUACAGCCUAUUGUACUGAAACCACUUCUGGCCCUCUUCGUGGAUCCGGCGACGGACAAGCUCUGUCAAUGAAACCAUCUUGGCGGCGUCCCUGGAGCGGGCGUGCAGUAACGCGGCGCCGGGUAGGAUGGCCAUGUCUGAGGGGUGGAAUCGGCCGAGGUGGGUAAGAAUCUGGUCUAUCCGUUUGGACAUGCUGGUCGAGGAUAUGACGGAGAAGGUAGCGAUGUCGUACCGGGGCCGCAGCUCGGCAAUGAUGGCCUCAUGCGGCUCUAGCGGCAGCCUGGAAGGGAUAUGAGAAUUGCUGGGCCCCGUCCGCUGCUUCUUGUUGUUCUUGGCAGCAUCUUCCGAGGUGGAAGAAAUGGUAGUUGGGCCAUCGGGUGGCUGUUUUCGCUUGGCUGGGCUGGGAACUGUCGAGGGAAGUAUAGCCAUGGUUGUUGCCAUUUCGCGUCUGGCUCGUAGCGAUAAAAUUCCGAUGAUCGUGGACUUGAUCCAGUGAAGAAUGUAGUGAUCGUGUUGAUUGUCCUCAGUCUGCGUUGUUACAGUCGAAAUCAACAACGCUCUCGGAAGCAUUCAUUCAAAUUGGGGAAAUUAUUG